AUGGACGACUAUCUUGAUAGUCCUAUGGACGCCGAGGAUGUCUUCCCCUGCAAAGGCUGUGGAGAGAUUCUCGAAGAGGGCAAGGCGUUCGAGCUGGCUGGCAACCGAUGGCAUCUCAACUGCUUCCGCUGCAACACGUGCGGCACGCUGCUGGACUCGGACGCAAACCUACUCCUCCUUGGCGAUGGCUCCUUGAUCUGCAACAACUGCACGUAUAGCUGUAGUGCAUGUGGGAACAAGAUCGAGGACCUGGCUAUCCUUACCGGCGAUCAAGCCUUCUGCGCCACCUGCUUCCGCUGCCGGAACUGCAAGAGGAAAAUCGAAAACCUGCGAUAUGCCCGAACCUCGCAGGGCAUCUUUUGCAUGAGCUGUCAUGAGUCGUUAAUGGCACGACGGCGAAAGAAAUCGAAAGCAGCCGCGCAGGCCAAAGCGAGGGAGAAAGACGGCUCGCCCAUGAUAACAGACAAGUCACUUCCGGCCCUACCCCCCAGCGCGAUCCCGCCGAAUGCCUUCUCCAACGAUCGAGUCUCGCCCGAGGACACAGACACGCCCACCGAGCUGUCACCCAGGCCCCGGACGACGCCUGGCUUCCCGUCCAAAAACGAAGCCGAUUCUAGGAGCAACUCGCGAGCUGCUCUCUCUCCGGAGCCAGCGUCGGAGCCACCUGUGGCAAGGGACACCCAUGGCCUGGCUCCCGCGAGCUAUCGCAACAACCGCAACUCGUCCAUGUUCCACGCACCCCCUGACCUUAGCGGCGGCGUCGAUGGCGAAAGUUUCUUCAUCCCCGUGGCCCUAGACCCGAGCCCAAUGCCUCCCACAUCCGACAAGCGCGCAAAGGACAAGGACUACUUUUCGGCGGCCGGGGGGACAGCCCCCGACCACAAGAAGUCCGACUCUCAAACGUCGACGCCCCACAUCGGUCUCCAGGGCCGACAUCCAUCAUCCGACUACGAAAACACCCCUCCAAAGAUGCCGAGCCGCAAGCUUUCCAAGUCGUCGAGAGCAGGAAGAGAUGGCCAGGUCAAGCACACCGCGGUUGCAGCAGACGACCAUAUGCGCAAGAUGCCGACCAGUCGCACGGAGGAAUUUAAGCUCCAGGAAGCACCAAAGAGCAAAAAGGCCAUGAGCUCGCGGAGCAACUCGCAGUCUGGCCUUCUCAUCGACAACAGUGGCAAUGGGCUUGCGCAGAGGAAGAAUGAAAGCCCUCAGUCCAACGAAUCGCCGCAGAACAAGCUAGACCGGACCAUCACGUCCAGGAGCUCGCCCGAGUCGCGCUACGGGGAUGGGGAUGAUCCCAGACAGUCUAUCGACUCCCUAGCUUCUAGUCGCACGGAGAUGAGCUCCUCGAGGACAGUCCUAAGAAAGGAGCCGCCGCAGUCGAGUGGACAUCGCAGUGUCAACGGUCUCCAAGAAACACCGCCAGGGCCUCCUCCUCGGCCACCACUACCCGAGAACAAGCUGAGCGACACAUACAUGCAGCCUCGUGCGCCCCCGCCGCCACCAGUAUAUGCUACCCCCAAGGAGGCCCAGACACCCCAACGCGGGGGCGACCCUUCCUCGCCCCAGCCAGGCCCCUCGCCCGCACUGCCCAAAUGGAGCGCUACCGGUGACUUCAGUAUGGAUGAAGACAUGGCCCGCAUACUAGGGACGGACGAAGGAUCUUCCUCCAUCUUGCGUCGUGUCUCAAAUGCUGUGAGACACGGCCGCAACAACAGCGUCGAGUCGGGCGCCACACCCAACACCGGGCGGACUGUUGGCCACGGUAGGAGCAUGAGCGACGCGACGCGGGGGACGUCGUCUCCUAGAUGGCCCAAGACUCCCAUCGCGGAAGACCCGAAUCAAGGUCAGGACAUCAGCAGCCCAAUCUCAGCCAACGGAGCGACUCAGGAUGAUCCGGCCUUCCUUAAGAGGCAACUUCGGCACUCUGAGAACAGGAUAGCUGAGCUGGAGCGACGGUUCAGCGCUGGGGAUGACCUGGUAAACCUGAACAAGAAGCUCAUCGAGAAGAGGAAGACGGUGACGGUCCUUGACACGCAGGCUGAAAUCAUGGUGCGCGAACUCGAAGUGCUGGCCAAGGUGGUUGAGCGGGGCAAGCAGAACGGCCAGCCGGUCGACGUGAGGGAGCUGCAGGAGACGGUGGUCAAGGAGCUCAGGCAAAAGAUCGAAAAGUACACGCAGUCGAUGACGGCCACUAUCGAGCAGCUGAUUGCGGAGCGCGACCAACUGGUGGAAGAGAAGAACCGGGCCAUGGCGGACAGGGACCGGGCCCUGCUCGAGUUCGAGCAGCUGUCGUCCAAGAACGCACAGCUGGCCGACAUGAACAAUGACCUCACCCACCAAAUACAGGAGCGGUUCAAGUCGCAGGCAUCGGACCUCAAGUCGCCCAACGGACUCGGCAUCUACCCGAAUCAGGUCCAGAAGGGCCCCAGCAACGCCAUGAGCAACUUUGAUUCGUCUAGCAUACAAACAGGGGCCACUCUUGUGACGACUGACGUGGAUGAGCCCAUACUCGAGGGCCCGACCGUGGUGAACAUCCGCAAGGGCCAGGUCAAGAAGUUCAACUGGAAGAAGGGAUCCAAGACGGUGGCGCAGAACCUGACAAAGGGCAUGAACCGCGCCGUGGGAGCCUUCCAGAACGAACGGGAGCGGGGAGGGCAGUACCAGGGUGGCCUGACGGCGGACAACAUCGGCCUGCCGUACAACAUGACGGUGGCCCAGGUCGAAUUGCCAGCCACGCCUCUGGGACCUGUCGGCCCCAACGGGCCGCAGAACCGGCAACCCAGCAGCGACCACAACGCGCGGCCGUUCGGAUUCUUUGGCAAGAAUAAGCAGCAGCAGCAGCAGUCCAUGGGCAAGUCGAUGACCAUGUCCAAUGUGUCGACAGCAAGUUUGGCGGCCGAGCCGCCAAACGUGCUCUUUGGCUCGGACCUUGUCGAGCGGGCUGAUUAUGAGCGACGCCUGAUCCCAAGUGUGGUGACGCGGUGCAUAGAGGAGGUCGAGCUGCGCGGCAUGGACAUGGAGGGUAUUUACCGCAAGACGGGCGGCAACUCGCAGGUGCGGACGCUGCAGGAGGGCUUCGACAAGAACGACGAGUUCGACAUCUCGGAUCCCGGUCUGGACAUCACGGCGGUGACGAGCGUAUUGAAGCAGUAUUUCCGCAAGCUUCCGACUCCCCUUCUGACGUAUGACGUGUACGAACGCGUCCUGGAGUCAAAUACCAUUCCCAAUGAGAAAGAAAGGUGUCACCACCUGCGGGCGACCUUCAACAUGUUGCCGGAGCGCCAUCGGCAAUGCCUCGAGUUCUUGAUGUUCCAUCUCGCGAGAGUUGCAGCACGUGAGGCCGAGAACCUGAUGCCUCCUAAAAAUCUGGCCGUCGUUUUCGCGCCUACCAUUAUGCGGGACCACAGUCUCGAGAAGGACAUGACAGAUAUGCACGCAAAGAACCUGGCGGUGCAGUUUGUGAUAGAGAACAGCCACAUCAUAUUUGCGGAGGACUGA